AUGUCCACCACCUCCACCACUGAAGCCACCGCAACGGCCUCCGCAUCCGAAUCGGAGCUAAUCCCCUCCCUCCCAUACGACGUCGCUUCAAACUGCCUAGCUCGAAUCCCACGCCACUACCACCCAACCCUCUCAGUCCUAUCCAAACCCAUCCGCUCUCUCCUCUCUUCCCCUUUCUUCUUCACCACCCGCUCCCUCCUCAACUCCGCCCAACACCUCCUCUACCUCUCCCUCCGCUCCUCGGACCACUGCUCCACCUGGUUCGCCCUCUACCAAAACCCCAACCCCCAAAGCGACGCCGCUCGCCUCCUCGUCCCGAUCCCUCCCGUCCCUAUCCCCUCGGUCGGCGCCGCCUACGCCGUCGUCGGUUCUUCAAUCUACGUCCUCGGCGGGUCCGUCAACGACGCGCCGUCCAAUAAUGUAUGGAUCCUCGACUGCCGCUUCAACACGUGGCGCGCCGGGCCGCCGAUGCGGGUGUCGCGUGAGUUCGCCGCGGCCGGGGUUGUGGACGGGAGAGUGUACGUGAUCGGCGGUUGCGUGACUGACUCGUGGACCAGGUCGGAGUAUUGGGCCGAGGCUCUGGAUCCGGGUACGGGUCGGUGGGAGGCGGUGGCGAGUCCGGUGGAGGUUCGGGGGAAGUGGAUGCACGCGAGUGCGGUGAUCGGCGGGAGGGUUUAUGCGCUGGCGGACCGGGGCGGGGUGGUUUACGACCCGAAAACCCGGGUUUGGGAGGGAGUGGAGAAGAGGAUGGAUAUGGGCUGGAGAGGGAGGGCUUGUGUUGUGCAUGGGAUGUUGUAUUGUUAUGAUUAUUUGGGGAAGAUUAGAGGUUUCGAUGCGAAGAAUCGAGUGUGGAAGGAGCUUAAAGGAGUGGAGAAGAAGCUGCCGAAGUUCUUGUGCGGCGCAACUAUGGCGAAUAUGGGGGAGAAUUUGGUGGUUUUGUGGGAGACAAAGGCGAAUGGGAAGGAGAUGGAGAUUUGGUGUGCUGAGAUUGAGGUGAAGGAGAAUGGGGAUGGGGAGUUGUGGGGGAGAAUCGAUUGGUCACAGAAGCUUCUUUCGGUUCCUAAGCACUCCAACAUUGUGCAAUGCUCUGCGGUUGAUGUUUGAUUGCGAUGUACGGCACCAGAAUGUGUACUUAAGCAAGGAGUGACAUAUGCGGUGGACUUCAAAUCAAGUCACAAGCUGUUAUAUGUAUAGGGGGACUACAGCAAAUCGAAAAGCCCUGAAAGCAUCUUUGACACUAGGUCGCAUGCUCGACUCCAUAUAGUUAAUGAAAAUCAUUGGGGUUAGAUCUUUGUCAUAAUGAUUGUGGUGCUUCCCAUGCAAAGGAUUAUGAUUUAUACAUAGCUGUAAUGGAAUAAAUAAAAUCUUUCUGUAAGAAAAUAAAUCAAAUUCAGGGUUCUCUCCUGAACAAGUGUAAUUAAAAGGUUUAAAAUUGGUUA